UGGUGUGAAAAAAUUAAAAGGUUUCUAAGCAUCCAUCAUAAAGGCUUUUAUGCUCCAGGCCUGGAGUUAUCUUGGUGGACGGAUUUUCCGUUUCCUUCUGCCCCGGAUACUAAGAUCCAAAGCAAACCCUGAUCAAUUUCCCAUUUGGAUACUUUGAUUUUGCCAUAUCAUACGAAACGAAACAUACACUAGAUAACAUGUUUUAAAUAUCAAACAAGCUCAAAUAAGAGUCCAAGAGCAAGCAAAUUCAUGAUGGGGACAGAACUCAUCAGGCAUCAUGUUAAAGAAGAGAACAUGGAAAUUUCAUCUAUUCCACCAGGUUUUGAGUCACUUACAGCUUUUUCCCUAAAAAGAGUGGACAAUAGUUCACAGACAACAAAGGAUGAACCAGGGGUUACCUACAUUGAUGAUGAAGAUGUAAGAAGGUCUAUUAAGCGUAGACCAUGGAUAAACCAUGGCAGAAUUGAUACCACUUCUGAAGAUGAGUCUGAUUCUAAGCAGAAUCAAACUUUGGGUGCUCAGCUUCCUAAAGGGGUUGUCCGUGGAUGUGAGGACUGUAGUAACUGCCAAAAGGUCAUUGCAAGAUGGCAUCCUGGUGAAGCUCGCAUGCCUGAUCUUCUUGAUGCUCCUGUUUUUCACCCGAGUGAAGAGGAAUUUGAAGAUACACUAAAGUACAUUGCUAGCAUACGUGAAAAAGCUGAACCAUAUGGUAUAUGUCGUAUAGUGCCACCUCCAUCAUGGAAACCUCCAUGCCCUCUCAAGGAAAAAACCGUGUGGGAAUCUUCAAGAUUUUCUACACGUAUCCAGAGAAUCGAUAAACUCCAAAAUCGCGAUUCAUUUAAAAAAAUAUUCACACCAAAUUACCACAAAAAAAGAAAACAAAGAAAAUGCUCGAAACCAUUGUCAGAUAAUAACUCAUCCCCUGUUGAACCCGAAGAUGGUUUUGGUUUUGGUUUUGAACCGGGUCCACAAUUCACUCUUAAGGAAUUUGAAAAGUACGCAGACGAUUUCAAAAACCAGUAUUUCAUGAAAAAUAACAAUUCUGAACCUUCGGUUGAAACAAUCGAGGGUGAAUAUUGGCGUAUGGUAGAAAAGCCUUCUGAACAAGUUGAGGUGCUUUAUGGUGCUGAUUUGGAAACUGGCACGUUUGGUAGCGGGUUUCCCAAAGAAUCUAAUCAAAUUCAAAUUCCAGGUGGGCCCCACGAGAAGUUUGUUAGAUCUGGUUGGAACUUGAACAACCUUCCGAGGUUACCGGGGUCCGUUCUCUCAUACGAAAGCAGUGAUAUAUCCGGUGUUUUGGUCCCUUGGUUGUAUAUCGGAAUGUGCUUUUCAUCAUUUUGUUGGCAUGUUGAAGAUCAUCAUUUAUAUUCAAUGAAUUACAUGCAUUUUGGGGCUUCAAAAUUAUGGUAUGGAGUGCCUGGAAAAGACGCGAUUAAACUUGAAGCAGCUAUGAGAAAGAAUUUACCCGAUCUUUUUGCUGAACAACCAGACUUGCUUCAUAAACUGGUGACACAGCUUUCCCCAUCCAUACUAAAAUCAGAAGGGGUCCCGGUUUUUCGAUGUGUUCAAAAUCCCGGAGAGUUUAUUUUGACUUUUCCUCGGGCGUAUCAUUCGGGUUUUAAUUGUGGGUUUAAUUGUGCGGAAGCGGUCAAUGUGGCCCCCGUUGACUGGUUACCGCAUGGUCAAAACGCGAUUGAACUGUAUCGUGAACAUGCCCGCAAGACUUCAAUUUCUCAUGAUAAAUUGUUGCUUGGAGCUGCAAGAGAUGCUGUGAAAGCUCAUUGGGAGCUUAAUCUGCUCAGAAGAAACACACCGAGCAAUUUAAAAUGGAAAGAUGUGUGUGGAAAAGAUGGGGUUUUAUCGAAAGCACUUAAGGCACGUGUGGAGAUGGAGAGGGUAAGGAGGGAAUUUCACUGCAAGGGUUCACAGGCGUUGAAAAUGGAGGAGACUUUUGAUGAUAAAAGUGAGAGGGAAUGCAGUGUGUGCUUUUUUGACCUACAUCUCUCAGCUGCAGGAUGUCACCGUUGUUCGCCUGUGAAAUAUUCUUGCUUAAACCAUGCGAAACAGUUCUGUUCGUGUUCUUCAGCUUCAAAAUUCUUCCUUUUUCGUUAUGAUAUCAAUGAUUUAAGUAUAUUGGUUGAAGCUUUGGAAGGGAAAUUGAGUUCUAUAUAUCGAUGGGCAAAAUUUGAUCUCGGACUUUCUCUAUCUUCCUAUGUAGUAGCUAAAGAUGAUGAUGAUGACUCCUCACGAAUCCCCCCAGGGCAUAAUGGUAAUUCUACACACACUCCUGAGAAACCUUCAAAGCCUUCAUGUAUGGUGAACGAUACCGUCAUACUUGUUAGUGACGAUGAGGAUGAGGGUGAGUCCCCACCACUUGCUGACAUGGAAUCAACACGUGGGUCCCAUCCGGAAACUGUUAACAUUCCAAAUCCUGUGAAAUCUGAAGAUGUGUCAAAUAUAAAAGAGACUGGAGUUUGUGGUCAAAAUAGUUUGGAUAAAUACUAUCGCCAAAAAGGUCCUCGCAUGGCGAAAGUUGUUAGAAGAAUAAACUGUAAUCCCGACCCCUUGGAUUUUGGUGUAGUGCAAUCUGGACAUUCAUGGUGCGACACUCGUGCUAUUUACCCUAAAGGUUUCAGGAGUCGGGUUAAGUACAUAAGCAUUUUAGAUCCAACAGAUAUGUGUUACUACAUUUCAGAGAUCCAGGAUGGAGGACAUGAUAGACCACUAUUUAUGGUUUCGUUGGAGGAUUGUGAGAAUGAAGUGUUUAUUCAUUUAUCAGCUGCAAGAUGCUGGGAAAUGGUUCGAGAGAGAGUAAAUAAUGAAAUCUCAAAGCAACAUAAGCUUGGAAGGUCAAAGCUUCCUCCUUUACAGCCUCCUGGAAGCCUGGAUGGCAUGGAAAUGUUUGGGUUUUUAUCUCCCUCUAUCUUACAGCGUAUUCAGUCGAUGGAUAGGAAUCGGGUGAGUAGAGAGUACUGGGAAUCACGGCCUUUUCACUCUGAUGAUAAUGGUGAUUUAAAUACAAAUACAAAUACAAAUACAGGAGGAGAUGAUGCUUCUUUAAUGGUGAGAAGAUGUCUGAAGACUUUGGUCCACAUCUGCGCCAAGAAGAAGGCACAUAGACAUUUUUAG